GAGAGAGAGAGACUCUUUUCCCAAUGGAUUAUGGCAGCUGAAGCAAUUGAGUCCCUCGGGAAAUAAACAAACUUCCGAACCAACAGAUAUCCAAGUUACGAAGGGUCAUUAGUGCAUGAAAACUGAAAGGUUACCAACUGAGAAAUGGAAGAAGAACAGGAAUGCAUCAUGCACUACAGCCGCUCUCAUAAGAUGUUACUCGUUGGAAAAGGGGAUUUCUCUUUCUCUGCAUGUUUGGCCAGGGCAUUUGGUUCCGCUAAGAACAUGGUCUCUACGUCCCUUGAUUGCAGAAAAACCUUAAUGGUCAAGCACCCAACAGCAAAGGCAAACUUUGAGGAAUUGGAGAAACUGAGUUGCACCAUUCUGCAUGAAGUAGACUGUCACACCAUGAACAACCAUCCUUUUCUCAAGUCUACGACAUUUGAUCGAAUAAUCUUCAAUUUUCCUCAUGCGGGCUUUCAUUACCGACAUGAACAUGAGCAAGAGCAAAUCAUAUGUCUUCCCAGGCUUCACCAAAAGGUAGUGAAAGGCUUCUUUAGAAGUGCACGUGACAUGCUUACAACCAAUGAUGAAGCUCACGUGACCCACAAGACAAGUCACCCUGUCAAUAAGUGGGAGGUGGAGAAACUAGCCAAUGAGGCUGGACUAUGUUUGGCUAAAGAAGUAGAGUUCCAAAUCCAGGAUUAUCCAGGUUAUCACAAUAAGAGAGGAGAUGGAAAUAGAAGCGAUGAGUCUUUCCCUGUGGGAAUGUGCAGCACUUUCAAGUUCAUACUGCAUAUCCAAACUAUACCUGCAUGUACAUCUUUAGAUGCAGUUGCAUGUAUGUGGUUGGACCGGUAUGAUCCAAUUUGGAAACCCAAACUGAGAAAAACUCGAUCCAAACAUAUAUUUAAAGAGUAUUUUGAAAUUUAA